AUGAAUAAUUUUGCUUCGGAAAAUGAUAAUUUUCACAUUUGGAAUAAAAAGAAAACGGAAAUAGAUUUAGGAGAGUCAUUUUGUCGUUCAUUUAGUCAGAAUCAGAUGGAAGUCGAUUUCGACUGGAAUUGGUAUAAAUACAAUUCAAAUAACUGUCAAACAAGUUUAAUUUCAAAAAAAUCGCCGCAAAAACAUAAUCAUGCGAUAAUUUCAUGGAUUCAGCCAAAAAAGACAGAUGACUUAAUAAUUGCUACAGUCGAUAGGCCAAUCAUUAAAGGGCAAGCAAGCAUGACAAAUUCGGCUAUAUUGUGA